UUUCAUUUCAAACACAGCAACGCAUUACUUAAUACUUAAAAUUGAACAGACAAUUAAAUCAACUUGCUAUGGGCACAAAAGCUACUAAAAUGGAGGGCAGCUACUUGCCCGACACACCAACACUAAACAGAUUGCGCAUUGCAGGUGCUGCUGUUCCGCAACAAUCAAUCAAGAUGUCGACUUCUCCUUGCCGUGACAACAAUUCGCUGCUCGAUCCACGCUCACCAAACAUCUGCCGUACGCCGCUGAAUAUAUUGCCGACUCAGCCACCCGUAAGUCAGAUACUCCCCCAGAUGGCGUCUUCUGGCGUUGGCAGCGAAAAUACUUUUACGCAGCUGCGCAAGCGCUUGCUUAAAGGCUUUUCGUUGAAUGAUCCACGCUCGCCACAGCUGAAUCGCACGCCUCUUAUGCUCGAUGCGGCUAUUGAUCGCACGCUCAACAUGGAUGACACCUUUUCCGAUCUGUUUGUGGAGACGCGGGCGCCAGCCCCUGCUCCAGUUGUGCCCGCUGCUGAGCAACCGAAUCUGAGUCACAAUAACAGCUCAGUGGAGAUAGUGUCGCUGCCGUACGAUGAAGAGGAGACAAUGCCCUGCGAAAUGAUGCUGCAGCAAACGCCGCCUUUGCCAAGCCACGAUCCGCGCUCGCCCAGCGUUGGUGUUGAGCGCACGCCCAUUAUUUUCUGCGACGAUGAUGAGACUGAGGCGCGCGAUACGCAAAUGCUUGAGGAGAUCCUAGAAACGCUGACGCUUAAUCUCAGCAAUGAGAGCAGCAUGGCCUCGUUUGUGAGUGCCUCUGCAGAGAUGACGCUAGAUGAACCGCAGCCACAGGAACAGACACAGGAAGAGCCCCAACUACAGCCUCGCCCCCCGGCCAACAAACAUUUGGAACGUGUGCGUUUGGGCAACAAGCGACGCGUUGCGCCACGCAAGCCGGCUCGUGCCAGCAAGCCGAAGAUUUAUGUGGAUGCGCCUGAGGGCCUGACGAGCACACCGAAGAGUACGCCCGAUUCGGCACAGCGCACACAACGCACGCCCCUGAGCUGUGUCAACAAGAACCGCAUCCAUUUGCGUUCACGUUCAGUGGAGAAGGAUCUACGCAAGCCGCAGCUGCAGCUGCCGCUGCAAAGCUUCGAUGAUCAGCUCAAUCCCAGCGAGCGGCUCAAUGUGCCCAGUCUACGCCUGCUCAUGUCGGGCAACUACGAGGGCUAGUGUUAAUCAUCUUUACUAAUCAUCUUUAGUAAAUUAAUUGCCUUCAUUAUCAUUUACACAGCCCACCAAUCAAUUACAGUUAUAAG